AUGUCGUCGGCACCCAGCACACAAGCCAAGGACAGGCACCGUCCCGUUGGUGACGAGAUCCAUGGCAGCCCACCCACGUCUCGUAGUAGUUGUCGUGUCACGAACCCGCCGGAAACCGCCGAAUGGACCGUAGUCAGCCGUAGAUCUGGCGGUCGGAGACGUCGUGGUAAUCAUCGGGCUCCGGAACUGCCCGCCGCCGCCGCCGCCGCCGCCACCGGUGCUGUCUCGGCCCCCGACUACACCUCUGAUGACAUCCUCAAGGAUCGGGAACGCAUCAGUGCCCGCUUCCGGGACAGCGCAUGCUAUCGUCAACUCAAGCAGUGCAUCACCAGAAUCCUGGACUCCCAGUCCGAAUCUGUUGCCUCCAUCACCCACGCCAUCUGCCUCGGCACCGGUUCCUUCGUACCCAGCAUAGUACGGUUUGAGACAAUGCGGACCACGCAUAUCCAGCUCGAUGCUUUUCUCGCCAUGGUGGAGAUCCUAGCUGAGCGUAAUGGAGCUCCUAUCACUUGUGUCUUCCAAGAGCCGGCCUACGUCCCAGCUGAUGUGGCGUUCCUACAAGGUCUCGGCCACACAGUGGUCCAGUCUCCCCGGGGGUUCGACAUGGUCCAGCCCCAGAGUUUCGUCUACGGCAUUCAUCUCUACCGUGACGUCGGUAUGAAGGAUGACUGGAAGGCGUCGUCAGAAAGACUCGAGGAGAUGGACAAGACAUUCAACAAGCUUGCAUUCCCUUGUGACGACGACGGUCUGCAUGCGUUCAAUGACACGAGUUUGUAUUGGCGGAAACAGUGCGAGGCUGGCGAGGUGACAGCCACGCCGGCAUAA